UACAAAUUGAAACUGCUUCAAAGUCACUUUGGCACACAAGCUCUUGCUCUCGAUUUUAUCUCCCAGAAACCCUGCUUUGGAAACACGUUCCUGUGGACUAUCUUUUUGUGCACCUGUCUCAGAAGAAAUAUGGCUUGUUGGGCACUGCAAAUCACAGGCCUAAUACUUGGAGGCAUCGGCAUGAUUGGGACUUUUGCAAUCACUGCCAUGCCUCAGUGGAGAGUGUCUGCUUUCAUUGAAGGUAACAUUGUGGUGUUUGAGAACAUCUGGGAAGGACUAUGGAUGAAUUGUGUCUACCAAGUCAACAUCAAGAUGCAGUGUAAAUUCUAUGACACUGUACUAGCACUCCCACCUAUUUUAGAAGUAUCCAGAGGACUGAUGUGUUUUGCUGUGAUGCUGUCUGUUAUUGCCUUUCUGACAGCCAUUACUGGCAUGAAGUGCACUGUAUGUGUUGGGGAUAACAAGCAAGUCAGGAGUAACAUUUUUCUGGCAGCUGGGAUCAUUUUUAUCCUAACUGGGAUUCUAAUUUUGAUACCUGUGUCUUGGACUGCAAGCAACAUCAUUGGAGACUUUUAUAAUCCAGCAGUUCACGCAGGAUUGAAACGAGACCUGGGAGCUGCCCUCUACUUAGGCUGGGUGAGCUCAGCAUUUCUCAUGAUUGGAGGAGCAAUAUUUUGUAGCUUUUAUAGCUGUGCUGAUAAACCCAGAACAUGGAGGCAUUCAUCACAUUCCUGCCAUAGACCACACAAAUUUGAGCAUGUAGAAAUGAAAUCCACAACCAAGCACGCUUAUGUCUAGCUGUUUUGUGAUCUUUCUGUUUAGCAUUUUGAUUUGUACUGAUAGAUAUUAAUACCCACUUUGAAUUGUAAGUGGCUAAAGUAGGAACUGUUUGGUUCAUUUGUAAUUCACUAUUAUCUAUCUAUUGUGACAAAGUUCCUCCUCUAUCUUGGUGGGUCGUGCACUUAUUGAUGGAUUUUCUUGCCUCAGAGAUUCACCAUGUGGGUUGGGGAACAGCCCAGAGACCUUCCCCUCUGGAAGAACCCACAGUCCAGGUCAAUUGGGAGGUCUGGGGGGAAACCUGGGCCCCCCCUCUACUCCGGGUUCCAGCCCAGGGCCCUGUGGACUGCAGCGGUCUAUAGUGUAUCCUGUAACAGCUGCAUGACAGCUACAACUCCCUGGGCUACUUCCCCCUGGCCUCCUCGAAACACCUUCCUUAUUCUCACCACAGGACCUUCCUUCUGGUGUCUGAUAACGCUUGUGCUCCUUAGUCCUCCAGCAGCACACCCUCUCACUCUCAGCUCCUUGUACCUCUUGCUCCCAGUGCCUCACACUCACACCACAAACUGAAGUGAGCGCCUUUUAAAACCCAGGUGCCCUGAUUAGUCUGCCUUAAUUGAUUCUAGCAGCUUCUUAUUAAUUGGCUCCAGGUGUCCUAAUUAGCCUGCCUGCCUUAACUGGUUCUAGCAGGUUCCUGAUUACUCUAGUGCAGCCCCUUCUCUGGUCACUCAGGGAACAGAAAACUACUCAUCCAGUGACCAGUAUAUUUGCCCUCUACCAGACUCCAUGACCCCACUGGUCUCUGUCUGUCACACUAUCUAUUAUUAUUUAUCAUUCAGCUUGGAAGGACUAGUCUUUUGUCAGUAAAUGUCCAUUUCACCACACACGCAAACCAAUGAAAAGAAUAUUCCUAUCAGUAAUAAUCAAAAUUUGCAGAUAGGCAAAGAAAGAAAAAUACCACUUAAGAA